CCAGUCGUGGCAGAGGAAGAGGAAUUACGAGCGACUUACAACAGCAGCAACAACAGCCACAACAACAACGUUCUGGAAUGAUUCCAAUUUUUUCGACGGCCACUUAUCCUCGUGGUGGAAAUAUUCCAAGAGGAAGGCCUCGUGGAGGAAGAGCGAUGGCUGGAAUUGGUGGAGGAAUCAUGCGAGGAAGAAUAAAUAUUCGCCAGCCAGUGAAUUAUUUUGCUUCUCCACCAGCACGACAAUUAACUAAUGGUAGUAUUUACUCAUUGCAGUCUGGUGGUGGUACUACUGUUGGAAGUGGAUCUGUUGCCAGUAGUGAUGUACCAGUUUCUCGUCCAGGACAACAACCUCCGGUUGUUAGAGUUUUAAGACCAAUGGGCAUGACUUCCAAUUUUCAAGCACUUCGUCCAUCUUCUAUGACUAUGGGAUCUGCACAAUCACAACAACUUGCAGAAACAAAUUUUACUGUUAACAGAGAGUUGGAAAAUUAUCGUGGUCGUGUUGUGGCUGGAACUUCAGUGGAUGAAUUUAAUGAUAUUAUUGACCAUAUGCUGGCUGAAUAUCAACGUAUUGUUGACGAUCGUUCACGUCUUAUUACCAGUCAUCGAGAAUAUGUCAACCAUUUGAAACAGACAAAUCAAGCAGCAUUGGAAAUGAAGGAUAACAAGAUUCGUCAGUUGGAACUGUCAGUUGAACAAUUACAACAGAAAGUUAUGGUUGGUGUUAAACAAGAACAAUUACGUCUUGUCAAGCAAGGGACAGUUCCUGGCGCUGAUACUCAAGAUUGUGGUGGAAAUACUGCACAACAACAACAACACCAAGAAGAUUCUGCUUCACCACAACAAUUACACCGAAUGGAUAUUGUUAAUAGAAAUCAAGAUGUAGUUGAUGAUGAGGAUAAACCACAACAAUUGCAGCAUAUGGAUGAAGGUGGGGUUAUUGGUGAUUCUAAUAAUAAUAAUGAGGGUGGACAACAACACCACCAACAAAGUUAUUGGCCAUCAUCUGGUGGUGGUCAACAACAACAACGUAUUCGAAUUUUAGGCAUUAGCGGAAGUACAACUACUAGUAGCGGUGGGGAUCGUAGUAUACCGCAACUUCAUCCAAAUGCACCAUAUUUUGAUGAUGAAAUGGAUGAUGAUGAAGAGGAGUUUGACGAUGAACAUGACAGUGGUGAAAUGGAUGAUGAACUUGGGGCACAAGUGACGAUUUAAAAGUAUAAUACUAGCUUUGAAUACUUUAAAUAUAAAAGGCGUUUUGAUGGAUGUAUUAUUGCAUGUCUUUGGAAGAAUUUUGAAUUUUAGUAUUUUGAAAUAUUUU